CCCAUGGUGAUCAGUACGAUCGUGCUUUUCCGCGGCGAAGGUAUCGGGCCCUCCCAUCUGGUGCGUACGUGAUCGUCAGGUGUGUACACUAGCCGGGUAUAUCUGAAGUAGUUCGCGUACGUUAGGGUUGCUUACCUGUUUUAUAUUCGUUUUCCAAGAAUUUAACCUUCUUUGACAAAAUUCUGUCCACGACAUUCGAGUGGGUGAGACGCGUGAUGGUUAGUUGAAGUUGUGAACCGACCGGCAAAAGGAAUCAUACCUUGAUUAGCAAGCUACGGCUGACGGCCACAGUGCUACAGGGCGUUCGUUCUGUGAUGACAAAGUUUAAUCGCACCGUUGGCCGGAAGUCGGCGGUUAAGAGCGAGCUGGCCGGUUACAAGCAAGGGUACGAAGUGGACCAUCGGUCUUUCGGCGAACUCAUGCCGCCCGGUGCCGGACCAGCGAUGACAUCGGUGAUGCAUGGCAAAGCAAAUGGUGGCGGUACGGGAACCUGUGCUGUGAAUGGUGCAAUACAUGGUGUGCAAAAGGGUGUCCACCCGUUACAGGGUGGGAUGGUGGUAACGGGCAAUGGUAGUGGUGGUGGUGGUGGUAGUUGUAAUGUUAAUAAUGGUGUUGGUGGUGGUGGUGGUGGUGGUGGUAGUUACUUACAUGAGCUUAGUGCAGAGCAGAAGCUGAAACUCAACAUCCAGCAACUUCAUAUCCGACAGAAACAGCUGCAGCUUACCGACUACGAUGACAACAGUCUCAGCUCGGAGGAGCAUGUCCUGGCACCGGCUGCCGGUUGCAUGGCCAGCCCGAACCGGCCGUGCCUAACGUGGGCCUGCAAGGCGUGCAAAAAGAAAAGCGUUGCGGUUGAUCGCCGAAAAGCGGCAACCCUGCGCGAACGGCGUCGGUUGCGGAAGGUAAACGAAGCAUUUGAAGUAUUAAAGCGACGAACCAGCACGAACCCAAACCAGCGGCUUCCGAAGGUGGAAAUUUUGCGAAAUGCCAUCGAGUACAUCGAUAGUCUUCAGGCGCUACUGGAUGAAACACCACCGUUGCACCAAAGCACGGACAUCCUAACCAACGGGAGCAGCACAGUUCUUUCAACACCCCAGGACUACAUGAACUGCUGCCCCAACAGUUAUCUGCGCGAACGCUUAGGACAACUGGGAAAGGACAACGACCGGUACUCACCCCUAACAGGGUACAAUCAAACAUCCACCACCGCAUCCAUCAGCGGGUCCAGCUUGGAUUGCCUGAAUCUGAUUGUGCAGAGUAUCAGCAAUGCACCACCAUCAUCCCAACUGCUGCCACAAACAUCCGCCCAGGCCGCUCACACACCACCAGCGAACAGUACCAUCCUGAACGGUGGCACCUCUUCCGGCAGCAAUGGAACACAGUUACACCAACAUCCGCACCAUGCGCUACUGUACAGCAGUACGUUCUGUUCACCCUCUCCAGCAUCAUCGUCCUCGUCAUCCUCAUCAUCCUCAUCAUCUUCGUCGUCGUCGUCCGUUUCUUCGGUUUCCUCCUCGCCCAUGUCACCCGCGUUGGCCGGAUCGCAACAUCAUCAGCACGGGACCAUGGGAAGCAACCGAACCGUUGCACCACCGACAACAUCCGUUUCACUCCCCUAGCGAGGGGCGGGGGGUUUUGCUGGUACGGCGAUGCAAAAAUCUUUAAUUAGUUGUACAUACUUGCGAGUCGGGCACACCGUAACAAUGGUUUGCCAAGGUUGGUGGCAACGCCAUCGCAAAACCUGCGAGAUGAUCGCACGUUCGGUGUAUCGGUAUGUUACGUUAUAAAUGAAAGAGGUAUUAUUAGUGUAACAAUUCUUAAGUAUCCUAGGUUAGGUAGGAGCCGUAAAGCGAAAUUAAAUUAGGCAACGAAUAAAUCAUAACCCUUCAUAUGUGGUA